AUUUGGUUCCAGAACCAGCAGGUCACGAUCCUCAGCCUUUAUUGGAAUGGCCUCUGACAGGCGAUAGAAUACUUGUGCACUGCAUCUCCUAGUACUGCGGAAGCAGCUCUGAUUGGAGAUUACCCUGCAAGGUCAAGCCAGUGUAAGGUGGCUUGAUGUUAGCUGUUUGAAUCGGCUUCGGGGUGCUGUGGAAACAAGGUUUCACGAGGCAAUUUGCAAGGCCCGUUCUGUUCGACCAUCAUCCUCGUUCGCUCUGGACCAUUGGGGAAAGAAACACUAGUAUGGAACUCCUGUCCCAAAAUCAUUCAAUUCGCUCCAUUUAUGCAAGCGAUCUUAGCCGUCCCUUGCAAGACUACGCCGACGCUUUUAACCAAUGGUUCAAUAGAUCCAGCGUCCGUAAGGACUGGGACACCGUCCCAGCUUCCGAUCUGGUAUCCGGUGGUGCUCCCAGCAUGUCACAGCAUUACUUGGACAGAUUUUACCUCAGGAUAGGCUCAUGGCAGCAUGAGAAAUGGAAAAUAUCAUUGGCUGUUUCUCUUGCCCAUCCCGAUCCUUUAGUAUCCGUUCGUCCUUGGCACGAUCGGGAGCUUUUUAUUUUCAUCGAGAGAAGUUUUGAUGAACGCGUUCGUCCGGACGUGGGGAUCUCUGCGUCUUUCCGACUAGCCUUAGACGAGCAUGAAAUGAACCCUGAAACCAGGAUUUUCAAAGGGUGCAUUGAGGACUUUUCAUGCACCUUCACCCGUGCUAACAGUGUUCACGUCGUAAAAGGACAACUAUUACGAUGGACGCAUAACCUGUGGGGCCUCGUAGAUUCGGGGGCGUCGACCGCUCGUAUACUUAUUCAGAUCGAAACAAGUGAGAUGACCGUCACAAGCAAGCGAUCCAGCUCCCGAUUUCUCAAGAAUGACGACAUUCGACUUCAUGUUUGCUCGUUUUUGGAUGCAGUGUCCAUUGCCGCGAUGGAUGCGGCCCUCGCUCCGCCAAAAACACGGGCGGAUUAUGACAGCGACAGUGUGAAUGUCCUUCUCCGAAGGGUAUUCUCUUCUUUUGGCAAGUACUUCUCGGACCCGUGCGCCUUCGCGGACUGUUUGCACCAAUCAGGCGCUCUCGUCGGAGGGUCCACCGUUCUGUGCAUUCUUAACAGUGAAUCAUGGGAACCGGGCGACCUCGACGUUAUCGUGUCUAGGUACAUGCCCGCACCCAUCGAUACCUUCGAUUACGAACGGUACAAGAAAGGCGAAUUGCAAAUUGACGUCUCCAUAUCUCUAUGGUGUAGUCCCGCACAGUUCAUCGUGUCCGAUUACCAUCAUUCGUUCGUGAUGAAUUUCAUUUCUUCUGAAGGGAUAUACUGCCUCUUCCCUGAAACCUUCUCUCGCCGAGGAUGGGUCAAUGGUCCCCUCCGACGAAGGGUGCACCUGGUACGGGCAAAGUAUAUCGCAAGAGGAUACGAAAUCCUUCCCGGAAGCAUCCAGGACCAAACUGGUCCAGUUGAUAUAUUGAGACUCAGGGGCAUAUGGUCGGUCAAGCUCCCUCUGACGAGCGCAAAAAAUGAACGUACCGCUGCCCGGUACCAGCCGCCAGUUCAGGGGAUUGCUGUCGCUCAACCAUUCAUCUCAGAAUGCAUCGUUUUGAUGUUCUGGUGUAUCUUAUUGGCUGUUUCUGGCAAAUACUUGAACUUUAACGAAAUACAUCUGGUCCUAUGGUCUUCCAAUUUUGGGGAUCGAUGAGUGUGUCAGAGAUUGGCAAAAUGGAAGAAAGGGAGAGAUCAUAAAAUCAUGCAGACAGGUACGUAACAAGUCUCGGUUCUAUCUCAGAUCUGUGCCCUCUAGGCACGUCAUGGAGCUUUUUAGUAUUACAAGACCCCAGACAGUGUGGACAAUGUGUCGUGGGAUGCAGGAACUUGAAAACAACCAUGCAUUUCCAGAUUCUCGACCUUCAAGUAGCUAG